AUGGAUGAGAGGGAACCCAGCAGAAAAAUCUCCGAGGAUAAGGUGCAAGAUCCUACACGGCUCGUUUGCAUCCUGAACAUCUUCCGCUUUCCGCCGUCAUCCUCCUCGGUCAACUUGAAGCACAUCCUCUUGGCCGAGUCUAUUGUGCUCCUUCCUAUUUACCAUCCAGUCUCUGCACCACUUGACUACAUGUGUCGUACGAUAUUGCCAGAUGAACCUAUCAAACGGCCAAUCGGGCUUCUCCAGAGCCUGUAA